AUGUAUAAGGUCUUCGGCGUGGGUCGGGGUAAAAGGGCUGAGCAGCAGCCCUCUGCAGCGCAAAAUGGAAUGACGACGAAGCCAAAACAACAGCCUGGCGAGAUUAGGCUGCAAAAAGAAUUAGAUGAGUUGGAACUGCCUGCCCAGUGUCGUAUUGAAUUCCCCAACAGUAAUAAUCUCAUGCACUUCUUCAUCAGCAUUUCCCCGGAUGAGGGAUUCUGGAAGGGAGCCAAGUAUCGGUUCUCCUUUGACAUCAAACCCUUAUACCCACAUGACGCUCCUAAAGUGAAGUGUGAGACGAAGAUUUAUCAUCCUAACAUCGACCUUGACGGUAACGUCUGCCUGAAUAUAUUGCGUGAAGACUGGAAACCAAUUCUGAGCAUUUCGUCUGUUGUUUACGGCCUGCUCUACCUCUUCCUGGAGCCGAACCCCAAUGAUCCGUUGAACAAGGAAGCGGCAGAGGUUCUACGGACGGAUCGUCGACAAUUCGGUUAUGUAAUACAGCGGUCUCUUCGAGGUGGAAUGGUAGAUGGUGAGACUUUCCCAAGACUUGUCUGA